AUGGCUCCCAAGCAGAACGCCAAGGCCGUUGCAGGACGUGCCCGCAAGGAAGAGGCAGCGAACGCAAAGGCCGCGAAGCAGGCUGCCGACAACGAGGCGAAGGAGGCGGAGAAGUGGGAGAAGGGAGCGAAGGGCAAGUCUUCCAAGGAGGACAAGGCUGCUGCUGCAGAGGCUGCGCGAGCAAAGAAAGCCGAACGCGAGCGCCUCCUCGCCGAAGAAGAAGCCUCUUUGCCUUCCAAGCCCAAAGCUGCGCCUAAGGCAGGCGCAAAGAAGGCUGCUCCUCCAAAGGCUCCUGCGAUCCCGUCGUUCGACUCGGGGCUGUCAGACAGCGCUUCGUUCAGUGCUUCCGGUAUCGACGACGCGCUCGAUGCGCUCAGCCUCGUCAACGCAAAGAGCGACAAGGCUUCGGUCGGUUCGCAGGCUGCCAAGAUCGAGACGCACCCCGAGAGGCGCUUCAAGGCGGCGUUUGAGGCGUACAAGGAGGAGCAGCUGCCGAUUCUCAAGAAGGAGCACCCUGGCCUGCGGCUGAACCAAUACCAUGACAAGCUCUUCGAAGCCUUCAAGAAGGCUCCGCACAUGGCGCACAACGCGUCGAAGGAUGACAAGGUUGCUGCUUUGCAUGCGCAGAAGGAGCAGAUUGCAAAGAGGUUGGCGGACAAGUAA